CUUGUCUGCUGUUACAGAAUAAAACUGGCUUUAGUCAUAACUGGAAAUCAUCACAGAAUUUCCAUAUUAUAAUUUAUAAAAAUACUUUAUUUAAAUAAAUAAAUCAGCACUGCUUUAGCAAGUGUUCAUAAAAAAAUAAUUAUUAAGAUUGUUCAAUUAUUUUCCAAUCAGAGUCGAUUAUUAUAAUUAUAUAAGAUGACAAACAUCAAACUUCAGGCAAACGAUAACGAAAUUUUCGACGUUGAUGUCGAAAUAGCAAAAUGCAGCGUGACUAUAAAAACAAUGUUGGAAGAUCUUGGUAUGGACGAAGACGACGACGAGGUGGUGCCUCUGCCAAAUGUUAACUCCGCAAUCUUAAAAAAAGUUAUCCAAUGGGCGACUUACCACAAAGAUGACCCACCACCAGCUGAAGACGACGAGAACAAGGAAAAACGAACAGACGACAUCAGCUCAUGGGAUGCUGAUUUUCUUAAGGUCGACCAGGGAACUCUUUUUGAACUUAUUCUCGCUGCUAAUUACCUCGAUAUCAAAGGGCUCUUGGAUGUUACAUGCAAAACUGUCGCGAACAUGAUAAAAGGAAAGACUCCUGAAGAAAUUAGAAAGACUUUCAAUAUCAAAAAUGACUUUUCGGCUGCUGAAGAGGACCAAGUUCGUAAAGAAAACGAGUGGUGUGAGGAGAAGUAGAUAAUUGAGACGAGUUUCAAAUAAUUCGUUGAUAAAUUUUUUUUUUAAUUUUAAUAUUUUUUUUUUCUUUAU